ACUAUGAAAUCAUAUCCAAGACUAAGUUAUACAACAAAUAAAUCAGAAUCAACAACAAAAGACAGAUCUGAAGUAUACAAGACCUACUUAUUUGAAGAGAAACACCAAUCCAAUGACAAUCUAAAGAGUAGCACCAACAACUUAAACUUUAACGACAGCUCCAACGACUGA